GAAACACGCUCCGAACCAAUGAUUCGAAACAAAAGAUUCGUAAAAGUUUCGAAGCCUCAUGAUGCAGUUCUUCGAAAGCGACCAUCUUUUGCAUUAAAUGUACAACGUUGCUGCUUCUCUGCUGACAAGGUGAAAAUAGGAUAAGGACCUGCAAAAAAUGUUUUCGUUUUAAAACUAACUUUAUUGCUUGGUCAAAACCCAAAUUUACUUGUGUGAGAAAAAACGGAUGUCCUUUCUUCUGUUGAACCAGAUAGGAAAGCAUCAUUCAUUGACUGUUUAAGCAGUGAGUGAAAAACGAUGGCAUCGACUCAGGAAACACAGGUACAAGAUGCUGCAGUUCAUAUCGACAGAAGUUUUGCAGAAGUCAAUGUUGAGAUAACAGCCGACACAAGUGCAACAGUAAUUAGUCCUGUACUUCACAACAGCAACAUAAGAUCACUAAACAUCAACUAUGUCUCAAACUCUGCAGAGCAACUCGAGUCCUCAGAGACAACAGGAAAACAUACAGUAAAACAAGUGGAUUUAAAGCAUUUUUUGUCACAAAGUCACAAAGCCAUCAUGAAAGACAAGGUACAGCGUAUUUUUGAUGUCAGAAUGGAAGAAGAAACAUAUCUGAAGGAUGUUUACACAGAGCUCUUUAUCACAGAAGGUGAUAUUAAAGAAGUCAAUAAAGAACAUGAGAUUCGGCAGAUUGAUGAAGCUUUAACGGGUAAAAAACAACAGGACAGACCAAUCCACUGCAAUGAUAUAUUCAGUUCACUGAGACAAAGAACGACAAGUAAAAAGGUUGUACUGACCAAAGGCAUCGCUGGCAUUGGAAAAACUGUCUCUGUACACAAGUUCAUCCUGGACUGGGCUGAAGGAAAAGCAAAUCAAGAUAUAGACGCCAUGUUCCUGCUCCCAUUUCGAGAGAUUAAUUUGAUUAAAGAUAAAGAGAUCAGUCUUCACCAGUUUCUGGGUGAAUUUUAUUCUAAACUGAAAGAUAUUGAUAUAACAAAUCUAUUUAAGACAUGUAACCUUGCUUUUAUUUUCGAUGGACUUGAUGAGAGUCGAUUCUCUUUAAAUUUUAAAAGCAACAAAAUGAAUGAUGUCGAGGAAAAAUCAUCUGUACAUGAAUUGAUUACAAAUCUGGCCAGAGGUGACCUGCUUCCAUCAGCUCUUGUCUGGGUGACCUCACGACCAGCAGCAGCCAAUCAAAUCCCUUCAGAGUUUGUAGGUUUGUUCACAGAGGUGCGAGGAUUCGCUGAUCAACAGAAGGAAGAGUACUUCAGAAAGAGAAUAUCAGAUGAGUCUCAGGCCUCCAGAAUUAUCUCACACAUCAAAACAUCUCGUAGUCUUUACAUCAUGUGCCACAUUCCUGUCUUCUGUUGGAUUACAGCUAUUGUUCUUCUGAAAACUCUCACUAAAAACAAGACAGAGGAGAUUCCCACAACACUCACUGAAAUGUACAUUCACUUCCUUAUAAUACAAAUGACCAUGAAGAACAGGAAACAUCAUAAAGACGUUGAAAAAAACUAUGCAGAGUUGUUGGAUUCAAAUAAAACAAAUAUAUUAAAGUUGGCCAAGCUAGCUUUUGAACAACUAAAGAAUGGAAACACAAUGUUUUAUGAGGAAGAUCUGAAAACUUGUGGUAUUGAUUUGAGUGAAGACACACCUGAGUCCACAGGAAUGAUCACUGAGAUCUUUAAGAAAGAAGCUGGACUUCAUAAGAUCAACGUCUUCUACUUUGUACAUCUGAGUGUUCAAGAGUUCCUCGCUGCACUACAUGUGUUCAUGAGCUACCUGAACAAGAACCUGGAUGAGCUUCAGUUUUUCUUAGGUCAUAAAACUUGUUUCAGUUUUAAAAAGAUUCUCAAAAAAGUUACUCUGCAUGGUUUACUGAAGAAAGCUGUUGAUAAAGCAGUGCAGAGUGAACAAGGACAUUUUGACCUUUUCUUGAGGUUUCUGUUGGGCAUCUCACUGGAAUCUAAUCAGACACUGCUUAAUGGGUUGUUUAAUGUCACUGAGAACAGCACAAAGAGCAUCACAAAAGUUAAAGAUCACAUUAAACAAUUACAAAACCACAACAUCCCAGCUGAAACUUCAGUAAAUCUAUAUUACUGCCUACUUGAGCUAAAAGACAAAUCGUUAUAUGAGGAAAUCCAGCGAUACCGGAGUUCAGUUAAACUUUCAGGAAGAGAACUCUCAGCUUCAAUGUGUUCAGUGUUGACCUACAUACUGCUGAUGUCAGAUGAGGUGAUGAAUGAGUUUGGCAUGAAGAUGUACAAAACAUCACCUGCAAACUACAUGAGACUGAUCCCAGCUGUGAGAUGCUGCAGAAAAGCUAAUUUGAUAGCCUGUGAUCUCACUGCUGAAUGCUGUGAAAGUUUAUCAUCAGCUCUAUCAUCAAACUCUCAUCUGAUAGAGCUGGACCUGAGUGACAAUAAACUGCAUGAUUCAGGGGUGAAGCUGAUCUCUGAUGGACUGAAGAGCCCAAACUGUAAACUGAAGAUAUUGAGAUUGACAAACUGUAAUCUCACUGCUGAGUGCUGUGAAAGUUUAUCAUCAGCUCUAUCAUCAAACUCUCAUCUGAUGGAGCUGAACCUCAGUUACAAUAACCUGCAGGAUUCAGGAGUGAAGCUGAUCUCUGAUGGACUGAAGAGCUUAAACUGUAAACUGGAGAUACUCAGAUUGGAACACUGUGAUCUCACUGCUGAGUGCUGUGAAAGUUUAUCAUCAGCUCUACAAUCAUCAAACUCUCAUCUGAUAGAUCUGAACCUGAGUUACAAUAAACUGCAUGAUUUAGGGGUGAAUCUGAUCUCUGAUGGACUGCAGAGCCCAAACUGUAAACUGAAGAUAUUGAGAUUAAUGGACUGUAAACUCUCUGCUGAGGGCUGUGAAAGUUUAUCAUCAGCUCUACAAUCAUUAAACUCUCAUCUGAUAGACCUGGAUCUGAGUUACAAUAACCUGAUUCAGGAUUCAGGAGUGAAGCUGAUCUCUGAUGGACUGAAGAGCCCAAACUGUAAACUGGAGAUACUCAGAUUGAUAGUUUGUCAUCUAUCUGCUGAGUGCUGUGAAAGUUUAUCAUCAGCUCUACAAUCAUCAAAUUCUCAUCUGAUAGAUCUGAACCUCAGUUUCAAUAAACUGAUUGGGGGUUCAGGAGUGAAGCUGAUCUCUGAUGGACUGAAGAGCCCAAACUGUAAACUGAAGAUAUUGAGAUUGACACACUGUGAGAUCACUUCUGAGGGCUGUGAAAGUUUAUCAUCAGCUCUACAGUCACCAAACUCUCAUCUGGUAGAGCUGGACCUGAGUAACAAUACACCAAUUCGGGAUUCAGGAGUGAAGCUGAUCUCUGAUGGACUGAAGAGCCCAAACUGUAAACUGAAGAUACUGGGAUUGACAGGCUGUUCUUUCUCUGCUGAGGGCUGUGAAAGUUUAUCAUCAGCUUUACAAUCAUCAAACUCUCAUCUGAUAGAGCUGAACCUGAAUGGCAAUAGACUAAAGGAUUCAGGAAUGAAGCUGAUCUCUGAUGGACUGAAGAGCCCAAACUGUAAACUCCAGAUACUGAGAAUGGAAAUCUGUGAUGUCACUUCUGAGGGCUGUGAAAGUUUAUCAUCAGCUCUACAAUCAUCAAACUCUCAUCUGAUGGAGCUGGACCUGAUUCACAAUGAACUGAUUCAGGAUUCAGGAGUGAAGCUGAUCUCUGAUGGACUGAAGAGCCCAAACUGUAAACUAGAGAUACUGAGAUUAUCUCAUUGUAAUGUGACAGAAGAAGGCUUUUCUUAUCUGGCUUCAGCUCUGAGGUCAAACUCAUCACACCUAAGAGAGCUGGAUAUGAGACACAAUGAUCCAGGAGUCUUAGGAGUGAAGCUGCUCUCUGAUGUACUGGAAGAUCCAAACUGCAGACUGGAGAAACUCCUGUUAAAUGUUGAUUAAAUGGAUACUGAACUGAACUUCUCCCCAUUCUGACUGCUGCAACUUGUUUAUAACUGCCUUGAAAACAUUUCACUUGUAAAGUCAGACAUUACUCAUCUAUAUACUGACCUAUAUACUAUAGACGGUUUCAGCAGUAACAACAUAAACAAGCGGCUGUCGUGGUCUGCACGUAACUUCCGGUAAACUCCGCUAAGAACAACAAAGUUCUUUAAACGUAGUUAAUUUGUAUAACAAGAAAAAAAAACACAUAGAUCUUACAUAGGAAACCAAAACAUUUGUUAUUUUCAACGAGGUAUUUGUUCAAGAGUUCAGUUUAGUAACUAGUCAGACCAUUAAAAAAACGAAACCGGAAGUAAAGUUCGGAUCCAGACGUGUAUCGCGUCAGCGCACGUGCGUCCGAUGAAACCGUCUAUACAGUAUAUGUUAGCAAAUAAAGAAAACAUGUAAACAUGUUUGAAGAUACUGUACAGAUGGAUGCAUGGAUCAUGUGGUCAUGGUGAUGUGGUGAUAACAGAAAAAAUAUGUAUAACAAAAAUGUGUAAAUAAUUGUAUUAGUACACUGCAAAAAAUGAUUUUCAAGAAAAAAAAAUCUUAGUAUUUUUGUCUUGUUUUCAGUAAAAAAUAUCUAAAAAUUCUUAAAUUAAGAUGCUU